AUGUUCUUCAUUAUAUAUUCAACUUCGACGACCCGGACGGAGAAGUCCGAGCCGUCCACGUCCAGAACCACGGCAUCCCGGAAUCAAGCCGGGCUGCCGCCGGCCGAGUGGCACACGGCGCACCGCCACCACCACCUCCACCACCACCACCACCCGGGGGCCGGGCAAUUCCCCCCGGAAGUCGACGCCAACGGCCUACCGCUGCACUCGUCACCAGCGGACAACGUGGCCACUGCGCACGCCGCCCUCGCCAACCUCCCCGACACCGGAGAGGGCGUCAUCUUCGUCCAACACGCCAAAGCCUUGGUCGCCAAGGCCCUGGAGCAGCAGCACGCCGCGGCGGACUCCCAAGGACGGAUCUACUCGCGCUCCUCGGCCAGUCGCGUUGCGUCCUCUACGGCGGUGAACCGCGCAAUCGCCAACAUCAACAACUGCCCACCCCCCGCACCGCGCGCUGCUCACUCGUCCAACAACUGA